AUGCUUGAACAGAAUCCACACAUUAUCAGGAAAGAGUCGCUGAAGAAGUAUAGGAAGCAGGCUGCAAAGUUGACGAAGAGCGCACCGUCCAAGGGGAAGCUGCCCAAGAAGACUCUGGACGAUGUGGCGAUGUUCCAAGAGAAUGCGAGAGCCUUGCACCACGAAGUAGAGAACAUCCUUCGAGAAUUUGACCACCGACCCAAUGAUUAUGACACCCCACAACCGCCGCACCCACAGGACAUUCAGCGGGGCCAUUCCGAGUCACCCCCUCCCCUCCCGCGGAAACCCCCGUCGCCCAGGGUGCAAUUCAACACGGAAAUGAAGCCAGACCCGCACAUGUCUUCCGCUAAUCUAUCGCGGAAAGAAUCAUCCAGGCGAGGGCACGAGCAGCUGCAGGCUGUGGAUAUGGCACGGCAGCCUUCGUCAUCUCGCCACCGCGACAAGGAAGCCGAGAUGAUGGCACGCCCGUCUUCCCAGAGGCCCCCCGAAAGAAGCCGAUCCACGAAGCACGACUAUGAUCGUCGAGACGAUGAUCGCUACAGGUCCCGCAACGAAAUCAAGCGUUCAGAAACCACCCGUUACACGUCAGACCGCUAUCGUGAUCAAAGUCGGGACGACCCUUACUACAGAGAUAGGGAUAAAGAGUACCGGUCCUCACAUACGCGCCAUCGCUCGGACACAAGAGACUACAGCAGGGACUACUACGACAGCCGCUCGAGGCGAUAUGAUGACCGCGACCGGGACAGAGAUAGGGAUCGCGGCGACCGCGACCGUGAACGAAGCAGACGCGACGCAGCUCCUGGCUCCUCUCGGCCCGCUGAUCCGCCGCUGCGUGUCGUUCACGAGGAUGCACCGCUCUCUUCCCAUGGCGCAUCGGGCAGCGGGGUGCCGUUUACGCCUACGUAUGUCGACUACCCCCGCGAGCGGGAUCGCGACAGAGACAGGGAUCGUGAGCGCCGGCGAGAGCGCGACGACUACGACCGCGGGCAUAGGGACGACCACUACAAGUCCUCCUCGAGGCGGGAUCGAGACCGCGACAAGGACCGCUACUAUGAGGAUAAGUAUGGCAGGUCGAGGAGAUACGAUGACGAGUAUCGGUCUUCGGGCAAGCAUCGCGAGUAUGAUGACAGAGACAGGGAAAGGCGACGAGAGAAAGACAGGGACAGGGACAGGGAUAGAGACAGGGAUAAGGAUCGAGACAGAGACAGGGAUAGGGAUCGGGAUCGACAUCGUUCUGCUCCUGCGCCUGCGCCUGCAGGUGACGAACUCCCAGCGGACGGCGACCCGUCUAGAUCCAAGUUCCAGGAAGUCUUCUCGCCGCCUGAAAACGCUGGUGGCGGCCUGCCUCCUCCCGAAGAACAUCGUGAUUGA